CAACGUUUGAGCCCCUUCAUCAUCACAUACCCGCAUGGCCGAAGCCGUAAUCGGCCUUGGUGCGUCGAUUGCAGGUCUAGCAACCUUCGCCGCCCAGAUCGUCACAGCGCUUCGGACCUACGCCUCCUCGUACGCACGCGCCGAGCAAAAAACUAACGACCUCUCAAGCGAUCUCGCUCUUAUUAGUUCCAUUUUGACGGAUCUCGGAACUUCGAUAUCGAAGUAUGAACUAAAGUUUCAUAUCACGGCGAAGAAUUUCGUGGAGGUGAAAAAGACAUGCGAGAGAAAUUUCGAGAGGUUGAAUGAGGCGCUAAAGGAGGUAAAGAAAAGGGAUGUGGAGGAGGAGGAAGGAGUGGGAAGGAAGGGGAAGAAGAAGGGAUUGGGAGCUUGGGAGAAAUUGAUGUUUGCAUUAGGUGGGGAAAAGGAGUUUAUGGAGUUUGUCUCAUCAAUUGAGAGUUCAAAGUCGACUCUCCAGCUUCUUCUAGAGUCGUUUAAGUUGUUCAUUUUACUGCGAUUGCACGAGUUGAAUGAGGAGCAAAUGGAAGAUAUUAAGCUCUUGAACCGAAAGGUUCCUGUGCUUGUGAGAGGGAUUCAGAGUGCUGGACUGGCAAGUUUUGAGCCCAGGCAAAGAUUGCUGAACCAACACUCUGCGAAUGAACCUAUCACAGUGAUGCAUGUCAAUACAGUCGAUAAUCCAAGCGAUCGGCUUAAAAGUUUGUCAGUUGGCUCACCACGCCCCUCUGAGAUCUCACGGAGGAGUACUGCACCAGUUCCAACACACCAUAGCGUCUUUGCGGGUCAGCAGAACAGUUCGAAUAUUUUCACCCGGUUUCUGGGCCACGCAGGGGCGCUAUCGAAUGAGGCAACAGAAGCACCAGAAAGCAUGCAGAGCCCUGUGAUUUCAUUCCCCCCCGAAGUCGGUCAAGCUCAACAAAACCACGAAGAGGUGCUCGAUCCACCCUCGGACCCCGAGGUACCAAAUGACCCGCCAAGUAAUGCUGAAUUUUCACCUAGCAUGCUUCAGCCAGUGACAAUAGCCCCAAAAGUUACCACCGACCAACAGGACGAACGUGAAUCGUUUCAUGGAAAGGAAAACACCUGUCAAAGGCUAUCACAAUCACACAUCACUCAGCAUGCACCUAGAUCUUUACAAAGCAUGAUCGCAGCAGGUCAAAAUCAAAGUCUGUUGGCUGCUAAUCUAAAUACCUCUGGGUACCUGGACGGACCCAAGGACGUUAUCGGAGACCAACCUGGAGGCGAUGAUUGCAAAGCAGCUGGAUCAAGCAUACACAGAAGGUCCAUUUCCAGUGCAUCUGAUUGCUUAGGUGAACCUCCACCUCCUCCAGCUACCCGUGAGAUUUUCAUUGGGGACCGCAAGUCUCCCGGCCCUCCCCCAACUCCACAUGCUCGUGGGGUUCCCCCAGGAGAUGGGUCAAGAGGAGGGCCUCCUCCCAUUCUGAACCAUCAGAGCAAUCUGGAACAUGGUAUUCAAACAGAGCACUCUUACAAAGACCAUUCAAGUGAUGUAGGAAAUGUCUCCAAGCCUGUGCAGAGUCGAGGCCCACCGACUUCAACCUCCCGUCUAGUCUCCACAGAGAAUCGGGACCAAGACAGAAGAGAUUCUCGUCAAGUAUCAUCAGACGACGAAAUCUUCUCAUCAGCAUCUCCGAUUUCUGCCAACGAUGGAAACAACAUCGAACUUCGAAAUCUAGGGGCUCCACCAAGACUAAGAGAGUCAUAUUCUUCACAUUCUCCCUCUGUCGAUACGCGCUCUUUCUACGAAGGCUGGCUCCUCGAGCCCGAAACCGGUCUACGAGACGUUCCCGCCCUGACUGUCUUCUGCUGCUCUCGCUCCCCAAUCCACCUCCGAACCGACGAGUCACCUAUGUGGAGCAUCCACCCUUUCUCCCGUGACAGUAAGCUCCUGAAAACACACCUUAUUAAAGACACCCCGAAAUCUACAACUAGAAAUAAACCCCCAAACAACAAAACCAAAGGCUUUGCCACACCCAUCCCAGACGCCAAUAUCAUAGCGGCGCUCUCCCCAGACGCACGGAGAGAAAUAAACGAGUUGUUAAAAGACAGAAAUAAGCAAGCUACGAGAAAAUACGGCUGGAAAUUGGCUGCGAUAGCUAACUAUCCUUACCCAUCCUCAAAAUCAAAACGCUCUCUCCUGCAUCCAGAAACCGCCAAGACAGAACGCUACCUCAUCAUUCUCAAGGGGGGCCCAAAGCUUCCAGCUGGCUCUGAAGCAGCGGUCCAGCCGAUUCUGAUAGGCACCGAAGAGGACCUUCCCGAUCGACACAGCAAUCCUUGGGCCCAGCUCGACGACUUCGAGUUCAGGCAUGGGGCAGCACUAGACUUCCCCGUGAUCCCAGGGGAAGAACACCGAAACAGUGCGCUGCUACAGAUCAGGGAACGGUAUAACGAUUCCCGUGACACCGGUAAGAGGGUCAGAUAUCGUCAGCGUCCGAAGUCGCGAUCUAGAUCGUUUGUUGAUCCAAGAGAUGAUUACGAAUUUAAGAGACCUCGCAGGGAACUAGAGGGAUAUAAUCGUGCUCAUACUCGAGAAGAUUAUGAAUUGGAGCGCUCUAGAGAGAGGCUGGAGGCGGAUAAGCUCCAGGAGGUGCAAUCCCGUGAGGAGUACGAGUUAGAGCAUGCUCGGAAGGAGCUUGAGAAAUAUAAGAUCCACUCUACGGAAGAGGACUAUGAGCUGGAGAAGGCCAAGAAGGAAUUGGUGGCCUACAAGCUUGAGAAGGAACGUGAGGCGGAGGAGAAGCGUAUCAAGAAGGAGACGGAGUUGAGGAAGUUGGCCGAGGCGAAAGGAGAAAGGGAGGAAGAAGCCCGUCCGAAGAUGGAUUCCGAGAGGUACAAGCAGGAGCAAGAUGAGAAGGCAGCGAAGGAGAGGAGAGAGAAGGAGGAAAGAGACAAAGGAUAUCAAUACCGACUCGAGGAUGACCUCCGCAAAUCUGGAAUGGAUAGAAGAAAGAUUGCUGUGGUGCUCAAGAAGGACAAGGGAGUCGAUCUAGGCCGCCCGACUUAUACAAGAAUGUCUCGCAAGUAUGUUUCGAUCGAGACUCUGAAUAGGUAUAGAAUUGAUUAUGAAUGGGACCAGGACCCCGACUAUAUCCUAAUCAAACGAUGGGUUCCAGGAUAUGAACAAGAUUUUCUGUGGGCUCACACUAAGCAGAUCAGAGAGCUGAAAGAGAGGGAGCUGAGGGAAAGGGAGUUAAAGGGGAGAGCACUCAAAGAGAAGGAAGAAGAAGAGUACAGACGAAGACCUGAUAAUGAUCUCCGCCAGAGCGCUGGACCCGUCCCUUCAAGCGCAGCGCAUCUUCGGGCAAGCGGUGGUAAUUGGGAGACUGCACCUGAUUGGCAAGAGCCCAGGGAGUUCCCAAAACGGUCGACGAGAUUUAUGGAAGGUCACUACAACACAUCUCAUUAUAGUAAUCCCGCCUUCCAAUCAGGAGAGUGGAGGUCUGAGACACCUGCCGUGGCGGGAAAGCCACAAACCCAGAUGGACGUGUGUGAUGAAGGUGAGCUGGGUGAAAAGGGAGAUGGAGAAGUAUUAAGUGAUGAGGAAGCAAAGCGGUUGAUGGCGGAGUUCUUGAGGGGGUUUAGUGCCGAUAAGGUGGAUCUUGGGGCUAUGGAGGGAGUUGGAGAGCAGAAGGUGGAUGAGGAGAAUGGGGAGAUAGAAUAGGAUGAAUUAUGUCAAGAGGAGGGAAAUACAUAAAGUAAGGAUGU